AUGUCUGUCACCAGGGCCGGCCGGGCUAUCAAGGCCCCCACCACGUACGAGCCAGCUCAAGCUCCCUCUCCAGGCAAGGGCAAAGGCAAACGUGCUGCAAAGAAAGAAUCGAGCAUUGUAUGCGUCAAGUGUCACCGGGGUAGCUCGCCCUCCAACAAUCAAAUUGUAUUCUGCGAUGGAUGCAACGACACUUGGCACCAAAAAUGCCAUGAUCCGCCAAUUGACGAUUAUGUCGUCUUGGUGGCAUCAGCUGGAUGGUGGUGCUCUAAAUGCCGACCCGUGGAAAAUACAGUCCCGGCUCCAGAGAAAGAAUCAGUACCCCGGAAGCGCAAGAACCUCCUAUACCCGCGGCUUGGACCCCCUCGGGUGAUCAAUGGUUCCGAAUACAGCGUCGACGCCAGACGGAAGUAUCUUAGCCAGCUUUCGCAUGCUGAACUCGCCGAGCUUGCUCUCAAGGUUUCCAUGGAAAACCCAGAUGUCGCCAUGUUCCCCGUCGAUAUGGAAAGCUUCCACAGUGACUUUUACAGUUGGCCUCGACAACACGGCAAUACCAACUCCGUCUCUCCUGGCACAAAGAAGAGGCAGCAUGAGCAUGUCAAACCAGAUGAAGAGGUCGAGACCCGCGCAAAGCGGCCAAGAACUACCUCCGCCCAGUCAUCCAAGCCCCUUGUGAGCACCAAGACCCGUGCGCAGUCUGUCAGUGCUGUACCAGAACCUGAAGUGGGACCUGCAGCGGAACGUACAGGGGAACGUACUGCGGAACGUACAGCGAAAGCUAUAGCUGAAGCUCAACCCAAGGCUAAAAAUGCCCGCUCCAAAAAUGGCAACGCUAAGCUAUUGAAGCCUACCCUCGACGGAUCUCAGCAGGGAGAGGACCGAACCUCAGGAUCCCCGAGCAAGUCUGUAAAAUCAGACAUUUCCGACAACGAAGCCAUUGAAUACCGCCAGUAUCCUAAAUCUGGGGAUGGAUACUUUACGAAAGAUGACUUCAUUGAGCCAGAGACGGGAGAUGAGCCCAAGAUCAUCCAAGAGGCUUGGGACUGCGCGACAUUCAGUCAUUCGCUUCAUGGGGCGGCCAAAGAAGACGGGCCCAGCCACCAAGAAACUGGGCAAGCGGCCAAGAGGGGACGUCCCAAGAAGAGAGUGAAAGAGUAG